GUUCUGACAUUAGCAGAAAUGUUGUCACAAAACUAGGUGAUUAAUGAAUAAUUUGAUGGUGAUGUGUAUGUAUAAUUGUACGAAAAUGAUCCAAAAACAAGUGUAACAUUAUUAUUUGACCAUGUACCUUGAAAGAAUAAGUCUACCGAUAUAAAAUACCCAUUCAUAUACUAAUAGGAUUAAUAAUGCUUUGCUAAGUUAUUUGUCUUAUUUAAAGUAAUGUAACUUGUUGGAGGAGCUUUACAAGUGAUAAAAUUGGCAGUUGUAGAACUUGAUUCUGAAAUAAACUAACCUGAAUGUAAAUAAGCAUUAAAUCCAUUAUAAUAGGUGAAAUACUCAUCACCAGUUAAGAGGCUAUCAUAUGUUUGCCAUUAUGA